AUGGCCAACUACACCAUUCUCUUCCUCAUUUUGCUUAUCUCCACCAUUCUUCUCCGAGUCCUCUUCAAGAGUCGAAAGCCUCCCCUUCCACCGAGUCCGACAGCCCUUCCGAUCAUCGGUCACCUCCACCUUCUUGCUCCGAUACCUCACCUAGCUCUUCACAAGCUCUCAAAACGUUAUGGACCCCUAAUUCACAUCUUCCUUGGCUCUGUCCCUUGUGUUGUGGCUUCCUCACCUGAAAUGGCCAAAGAGGUCCUCAAAACCAAUGAAUCUUCCUUUUCGAACCGACCCUCAGUUGCUGCUAUUGACUACAUAAAUUAUGGCUUACAAGAUUUUGCCUUUGGCCCUUGUGGACCUUACUGGAAGUUCAUGAAGAAACUAUGCAUAUCGGAACUUCUUGGUGGUCGAACACUUGAUCUUCUCCAUCCUGUUAGACGCGAUGAGAUUCAACGUUUUAUCAAAUUAUUAUCGAAAAAAGCCACAGCUGGUGAGUCAGUUGAUGUUGGAGGAGAGCUUAUAAAGCUGGCAAACAAUGUGAUAUCAAGAAUGUUAAUGAGCAAGAGAUGUUCUGAGAAUGAGGAUGAUGCUAGUCAGAUUAGGAAGUUAAUGCAAGAGAUAAAGGAACUCCCGGGAAAGUUUAAUUUGUUUGAAUACAUAUGGUUUUGUAAGUGUUUGAGUUUGCAAGGAUUCAGAAAACGGCUCAGGAAUGUUCGAGACAAUUACCAUGACAUGAUGGAGAGGAUCAUAAGGGAACAUCAAGAGGCAAGGAGGAAGUGGAAAGAAAGUGGUGGUGCAAGUGAUGUGGUUAAAGAUUUGCUUCAUAUUUUACUUGACAUUUCAGAAGAUCAGAGCUCAGAGAUGAGACUCACCCAAGAGGACAUCAAGGCCUUCAUCCUGUGCUUUGAAUGGAAGGUUGGUGUUGGAGGAAAUGAUACUGUGGACAUGGAAGAAGGACCUGGUUUCACAGUUCCAAGGGCUCAUUCAUUAGUUUGUGUUCCAAUGCCAAGGCUCAAUCUGUUUCCGUCAAAACUAGCCGACCUAAUUCAUUAG